UUAGGAAAAAUUCGCAAGAGCUCCGGAAGAAGAAGAAGACCUAAUAAUACCUUUUCUCCGGUCGAAAUUUUUCAGCGAGAACAUUUCCAUGCAGGAUGGGAAGCGAUACUCGACCAAGUCGCAGAGUUAAGGACGACGAGAAUAGCAAUUCGAAGGGGAAACAAAGCGGUGACAAAGGACUCAGUGCUGCUUCAGGCUCUGCGGCGACAUCGGAUUCGUCUGGGUUGAGAAGAUCUUCGAGAGAGACAUUGGCAAAGAAAGCUGCGGCUCCGGCCUCGCCGAGCCUUUCUGUUAGGAAAUCGGGGCGGCUUGUGAAGAAAUCGCCGAAAACUCCGCCACCAGCUCAGAGGAAGUCGGAGAGAGUGAAGAAUAAAUGCACGCCGAGUCCUCUUCGGAAGUCAGACAGGGGAAAAGCUACAUUGUCUAAUUCGUCUGCGUCUAAGAAGUCGCCGGAUCAGAACUCGGGCUCAUCUUCUAUGAAGCAGAAGAAAAGCAAAAAGGAGAAGAGUGUAAAAGAGCUAACGUCAGAGAUCGAGGAAGCUGAUAGAAGUGAAAGGUGCGAUUCGGAUUUGAAAAAGAAGAGACUGGAUGGUCGGUCCUACAAGGCAAUCUUCAAGAAACAGCUGAACAAGGUUAAAGCAUCAGGUUUAGAUAAUGGUGAGAAGCAUGAAAGAGAGGAUAAGUUCUCUCAGGGAGAUAGCAGCAAUUGCCGAGGCGAGUGUGAUGAGCUGGAUGAGUGCACUGAAAGGACGUUGGGGGAAUUGGGUGAUGAUGACGGGACAACUGAAAAUGCUGAUGAUGAACUGGAAAUAAUCCCAGAGAAUUGCUCUGAAGCGGAGAAGGUAAAAGAGCUGGAGUUGGUAGAUUGUCCAUUCAGUGGAAGGAUACCUGAGGACGGUAGAGGCCUCAAAAGUGGUCAGGAUGUCAUAUCUUCAAACAGAAAAAGAAUCAGACUGGAUGGGGACUCUGAUGCUUUGGUAACCAGUGCAAGUAAAAAAGUUCACACCGCAAUUGACGAUGCCACCUCCUUAACUAAGGAUAGAGGGGAAAAUGAAGUCAGCACUGCCACUAUCACGGGACUUGCUGAGAAGUGUGACAACCAUUUGCAGCAAAAGGAAUCUCCAAGAGAUCUUGGAACAGGUGGUGAACAAUAUACAUGUUUCACAUGCAAGCUUGGGGGGAAGCUGUUGUGCUGUGAUGGAAGGGAGUGCAAAAGAAGCUAUCAUCUUUCUUGUCUAGACCCACCUAUGGAUGAUGUUCCUCCUGGAGUUUGGUAUUGCCUUGGGUGUGUCAAGAAGAAGUUAGAGUCCGGUGUGCAUUCGGUGUCAGAGGGAGUUGAGUCAAUCUGGAAUGUCAGGGAAGUGGAUGUAUUAGACGUUGAUGGAUUGCGAAAAGAAAGGGAUUUUUUUGUUAAAUACAAAGGUCUUGCACAUAUUCACAAUCGUUGGGUAUCAGAAAAUAAGCUGCUUCUUGAUGCUCCGUCACUUGUUGCAAAAUUCAACCGAAAAAGCCAGGUUACAAGGUGGAAGAAAGAGUGGACUCUUCCACAUCGUUUACUACAGAAAAGAUUGUUGAUGUCCCCCAAGCAGCGUGACCAGUAUCUUACUGAGCAUGCUGGAGAAAAAUUAGAUACCCAGUAUGAGUGGCUUGUGAAAUGGCGUGGUCUUGAUUAUGAGCAUGUUACAUGGGAGUUGGAUAAUUUGUUAUUUAGUUUACUUGAUGGUCAAGGCCUUAUGAAAGAUUAUGAAAAUCGAUGCAUCAGGAUGAAAGGAGCUUCUUCUUCUCCUAAAGCAGAUAAGAUUCUUGAGAGUAAAAACUGUUCAGUUAAAUUACUACAAGUGCAAUCUGGAAUUUCAUCACCUUCAGAUAAUAGUUUUUCAGAUUACAUUAACAAGCUUCAUGAUUUUUGGCGUGCGGGCCAGAAUGCUGUUGUUAUUGAUGAGCAGGAACGAAUUAUGAAGUCGAUUUCACUGAUUAAAUCAUUUCAGUCUAAUGCUUGUCGACCUUUUUUAAUAAUCUCGACUUCAGCUUCACUUCAUUUGUGGGAUGAUGAAUUCCUUCGGUUGGCACCACAAGUAAAUGUUGUGGUUUACAAUGGUAAUAAAGAUUUGCGUAGAAGUAUUAGGAAAGUGGAGUUUUAUGGGGAGGGAGGUUGCCUGAUACUUCAAGUUCUUAUAACAACAUUGGAAAUUGUUGUGGAGGACCUGGAUGAUCUAAAAAGCAUAGAAUGGGAAUUAAUUAUAAUUGAUGAGUCCCAACGCACCAGGAUCUUUCCACACUCUGCACAAAUUAAACUUUUAUCUACUGAAAGGAGGCUUCUUCUUGUCAGCGGCCAACUAAAGGAGAGCACUUCCGAUUACAUUAACUUGCUAUCUUUGCUUGAAUAUAAUAGUGAAGUACCUAAUAGCGAGUCCUUAGCAACCAGUUCAAGUAACAAUAUUGGUAAACUGAAGGAAAAAUUCUCAAAGUGUAUCGUACAUCGGUCCAAGUCAGAGUCUUCUAGAUUUAGAGAGUAUUGGGUUCCCGUACAGAUAUCAAAUGUGCAGCUCGAGCAGUACUGUGCUACUCUUAUUUCAAAAUCUGCUUUGCUUUGCUCACCACAAAAGAACUAUCUUUCUGGAGACCUCCAAGAUUUGCUAGUAUCUAGUCGAAAGUGUUGUGAUCACCCAUACCUUGUGGAUAGGAAUAUUGCAGUAAUGCUUCAUGAGGGUCUUCAAGAGGUUGAGUAUUUAGACGUUGACAUAAAAGCAAGCGGCAAGCUUCACCUUCUUGACAUGUUGCUCUCGGAGAUAAAGAAACGAGGUUCAAGAGUACUUAUACUUUUUCAGGAUAAGGAUUUUGGAAGGAAUACUAUCGGAGAUUUUUUGGAUGACUUCCUGCGACAAAGAUUUGGACCAGAUUCCUUUGAGCGUAUUGUGAGCUGUCUCCACCACGGUAAGAAACAAGCUGCUGUCGAUGGAUUCAACAACAAGGAGUCUGGCAGAUUUGUGCUCUUGAUAGAAACCCGUGCUUGUCUUAGCAGCAUCAAAUUGUCAUCGGUGGAUACUGUCAUCAUAUUUGGUAGUGACUGGAACCCGGUGAAUGAUGUGAGAGCACUGCAAAAAUUAACUCUUGAUUCACAGGCUGAGCAGAUAACAGUCUUCCGUUUGUACUCAUCUUUUACAUUAGAAGAAAAGGUUCUAAUCCUUGCAAAGCAAGGAAACAACAACAUACAAAACCUUGCUUGGAGUGCUAGUCAUAUGCUGCUAAUGUGGGGUGCAUCUCAUCAAUUUUGGACUUUGGAUAAGUUCCAUAGUGGCUGUGUCAUGGCCUCUGAAGCAGAUAUCUUGCUCAAGGGUUCAUCCUUGGAAGAUGUUACCCAGGACAUGUUGCAGAUAAUUUUUUCUAAUGGCAAAAACACAGAGCCGACGAGCUCCUCAAUUAUUUCAAGUGUACAACAAAUUGGAGGACUUUACCGCAUAGAGUCUUCAUUACCUGGUGAGCUACAAAGUGAAAUUGACGAGGGGCAACCCUCUAUAUUUUGGACAAAACUUUUGGAAGGAAAACAUCCUGAGUGGAAAUAUAUUUGCGGAUCAUCGCAGCGAAAUAGGAAAAGGGUACCACAUUUUCAAAUAGAAGGUGCGAUUGGUGAAAGUGUUAGGAAGCGCAGGAAGGUUGUACCCUCCCCAGAACUUGGAUCAGUUGGAAAAACAAUUUCCAGGGGCAAAGAAGGAGCAUUUGGAUCCCCUGCUUCCAUCAAUGACAGAACUUCUGCAAAUUGCACUUCUACUUCUCGGAAGUACAAUUUUGAAUCAGAGGAGCGGAGAAAAUUGCGUGACGCCCAAAAGAGUCUUCAUCUUUCUUUGAAGCCAGAGAUAUUAAAACUCUGCAAGAUCCUCAAAUUCUCGGAUACUGCGGAGGCUAUGGUUGAAGAGUUUCUCCAAUAUGUCACUAAUAACCACCAUGUCAGUACAGAAUCAACAACAAUCUCACAGGCUUUUCAGAUAUCUUUGUGCUGGACUGUAGCUUCUAUGCUGAAACAGAAGAUUAAUCACAAAGAAUCAGUUGCUCUUGCGAUACAACAUCUCAACUUUAACUGCAGUAAAGAAGAGGCAGAUUUUGAAUACUCAAAGCUCAGGUGUUUGAAACGAUUGUUUUUAUAUCGGACUGGGAAACUCAAGGUUGCAGACUCUCCUAGAGCUCCUAUAUUAUCUAUUAGUGAUUCCCUGGAGGACUAUAUGAACGGAAUACAAUCUCCAUCUUCUAAUGAGCAAAGACUUAUUUCCAUGUCGGGAAUGGCGCUAGAAACUAAAUUGGUGCAGAACGAUGUUUCUAGGAGUAUAAAGGGAAUCCAGAAGAAAUUCCACAAUAAGUUGAAUAAACUAACUCAAAAGCAACAGGAAGAAAAAAAUGAAUUAGUGCGUAGUUUUGAGGUAGAUAAGGCGCGUAUAGAAGAAAAAAAGAAAAUGGAAAUUGUUGUUAUCCGCUCAUGUUUGGAGAAUAAUACUUCAAUGAGAGUGGAUAAACUUAAGUCGGUGGAUAUUUCUUUCGCUAAAGAAUUUGAAGAACUCGAACACCAGAUGAACACACGCUUAAAGAAGCUUGAGGCGGAACAUCUGGCUGUAAGGAUAAAAAUUCAGGAUAGGAAAACUCAGUGCAUAGAUUCGGUGAAAUCCUGGGUGGCUCUUGAUGAGUUGUUAGGCAAUAGUUCUUCAAGUGAACCUGAUGAUAAUGUGGAAGAGGUUACAUUGAGAUUUCCUCAGACCAAUAGUUCUAACGAUGGUGCUAAUAAUAUUGCUCAUGUGAAUAUGAAUCCACCUUCAUCUGAAGAGCAAAUCUAUAAUGGGUUAACGGUGAAUGUGUCAGAAAAGGAGGUUCAAUUAGGAGUGCCAGAGACGACAGGUUCUAGUGAGGCUCAAUUGGGAGUGCCAGAGGCGAUAGGUUCUGGUGAUGGUCUAGAAAACCUUGUCUCGGGAGAUGGGCCUUUGUCAGAAGAGCAAAUCCCUGAUACAACUGCCGUAAGUGUCCCAAUUAAUGAGAUGCAGCCAAGAGUACCUGAGAAUGCAAGUUCCGGUGGUGGUGACACCGUUGCUUCUGUCACUCAAAUGUCACUUGCAGAACAAAUCCCAGACACAGCCACAUUAAACGUUCCAGGUGGGGAAACUACAGUGGUGCCUGAAGCUUCUUGUGAUGCAGUGGAAGUUGGUCAAACCAGCGAAGAGAAUGAUGAAACACGGACCGUGGCACCAAAUAUUAUUGCUGGCAUGAACCAGGAGGAUAUAGUGGAUAAUGCUGUUGAUCAGAACUCUCCAAUUCAGGAGUUGUCUCGGGGGAACUUAUCUAGUGUGCAUCCCGCAAUAGCCAUGAUUGAUGGUGAUCCAGUGUCAGCUAAUCAGGCACGUGAAGAUGAAUGUACUCUACCAUCUAUAUCCUGCAGAAUGCAACUUGGAGAUGUCCCAUCUCGUGAUGAGCAGAGCGCGACUGAAGAAGUUGUACGUUCAGUGUCCCAACCAGUUGAAACUGCACCGUCCAACCAAUCUGACCAUGAAGCAAAUGUCUCUGAGCCUGCUGCGCAAGUGCAUCUGUCACCGCCCUCUAAUUCACCACCUUCUAGCUUUAACGCAGCUGAUGCACCUUUUGUUGGGGAAGUUGCAAAUUUGCCAAGUAGUGAAUGUUGUAACUUUAAUCCGGCCACAGAACUUGUUGCGAACCCUCCUCCUCUCAUGUUAAACCAAUCUGUUUCACAACCUUCAACUUCUUUAAAUCAGCCCAUUGGCAUACCUAUUGGUGCCUCAGGAAUGCAUUUUCCUAACUUGAGGUCUUCUGUUGUUUCUGACUUCAAUAACCGUCCUGCACAAGCCUUACCUGCAAUGCCCCGGUUACCUGCAUCUCAGCACCAGGACUCACUUGAGAAGGAAUUGGAACGGUUAAGUAAAGACUUUGACCAAACGCGUAAAGGUUUUGAAGAUAAGAAGCUGCAUCUAAAAGCUGAGUGCGACAAGGAGAUUGCUCAAAUUCUCCUUAAGUAUGAACUUAAGCAACAGGAGGCUGAUGCUGAAUUUUUUACCAAAAAGAAGGAGUUUGAUGAUAUCAAGAACAAAGUUAAUAUGAAUAGAAUCUUGGCUGAAGCAUUCAGGUUUAAAUGCAUGGAAUUUAGGUCAUCUGGUAGGUCAGGAACGCAGCAAGAUAUAAAUGCUAGUUACAUGCAGCAGCAGAUUCAGCUAUCAAUGCAACAAAAUGCACUAAGGCCUUUGCUAGUUGCCAGUUCGUCUGCGGCCAGCACCGCUGCUGCUAGCCUGCAGACUUUAGCUCCUGAGCUGCAGACAACCGUACCUGCACCAGUAAUCAGCCCACACAGUACACCUCCUCCAGUGCAAGGGGCUAGCGCUCCGUCUGCCCUCUUUCCUAGUGCUACAGCAAGACCCCCUCAGAUCAGCUCUCUCUCCUAUUCCAAUGGAAACCUACAAGGUAGUGCCGAAAUUCGUUCCUGCCCUCCUCAUCUCCGCAGUUCAGCAACCGCAACCAGUCUUCCUCCUCGCCCCCAAAGAAUGUCGACUCCGCCACCAACAAAUGCCCCCGCCGCACAGUCAAACGCACUUCCAUGUUUAACACCUCGAUUGCCAUCUUCCACAAAUCAGUCUGGUUCCUGUGAUGCCACCCUUCCUCCUGAAACUUCCAGAGGUUUGCCUGCUCUUCCCAACAUAUUAUCUGCGCUGGAGUUACUUAGGAAUGUUGACCGCCCACCUGCAGCUUCACCAUCACUUGCAGGUUGGCUUCCAAACACUGGCCAGUUAAAUACCACCGACUUUACCGCAAGUAGUGCAUCGGUUAACCCAGUUGGUACAAGUGCACCGACUGAAGUAGUAUAUUUGUCAGAUGACGACUAACCAUGAUGUCUAGCCGGUUAAAUUAACACUGAUCCAACAUGGUUUUCGGUACUCUGGGUUGUGGGAAUUUUUUUGUACAUGAGGUCCUAGGUGAAGGGAUGAAAUAGCAGACCCUUCACUUCCACAAGCCCUUCGUAAUUUUACACACUCAAAUUAUUGUCUUAUGUAUAAAGAAGUUUAUUGAUAUUGUCCAUAGUUAUGUCUUCUCAUUCUUUCAUUAUUAUAAUCUUCAGUUUACGUGAU